GGUAGGUUCUGCUAGUAACCACCUCCACAAUGACAGGCCAGGGCGGGAUGUGGCCCUUGGUGGCGGUGCUCCUAUUGAGUUCUCUGUGCUGCGUGGGAAGACAGGACCUGAUUGCUCAGACUCUGCUAUAAAGUACAAUAGAACUGGCCACUUGUUACCGAGAUGCAGUAUCGGAAGUGAUACACUUCACAUUAGUUUAAGGAGUUCUGUCUAGAAGCAUAUUGAAGCUGAAUGUGGUAUUUAGGUUCACAGUUACUCUUUAAAAAUAUUAAUUCUGUGACAGUCAGCUCUUGUGACAAGGUUGUUGUCAUUCCGUGCUACGUUUCCAAUAUAGAAACAGAAGACAUCAAAGGGUUAAAAUUGAAUUGGAAAUUUGGAAACACGGUCAUUCUCAUCUUUGAAGGAUCUGUAAACAAAUACUCCAAAACUGAUAACUUUCAAAGUGCGUGGAUUUCCCCCUUAGCACUUAUAAAAGGAAACGCUUCUUUGAAGCUGAAUAAGAACGAGGCGAAAGAGGGAAACUAUACAUGUACAGUCAGAGAAUCAAGAAGAGAAGGUAAACACACCGUGGAACUAAAAUACCGCCGCGCUUCAUGGUUUCCUUUAAGUGAAAAUAUUCUCAUUAUUAUUUCCCCAUUUAUGACUGUACUUUUCUUCUGGGCACAGUUUAGCAUUUUAAUACGAAAAUAUAAAUCCAACCCUGUGAACAAGAAAAUUAUUCUUUUAUCUACUUCUGGACUACUGCUCACCAUAAUUGUCAUUCUUGGAGCCAUUCUUUUUAUCCCAGGUAAUUAUUCAAAAAAGAAAAGCUAUGGGCUUAUUUUGUUUGUUACUCCUUCAGUGAUACCUAUAGUUCUUCAGUACUAUAAGUUCAAGCCAGCUAUUGGGAGGACCCUUCAUGCUAUGAUCAUAUUUACAGUCCUUCAGGCAUCGGGCUUUGUACUCGCUAUGGCAGGACUAUAUCUUACUGUAAAUGAGUGUGUGCCAAAACAUGGCUCCCUUCUAGUUUCAGGUUUGGUCAUCAUAGCUCUAGUAGAAUUAUUUGGACUAAUUUACAUGAAAUGGCUGGACCCCCUGAUAGGAUUUCUAUAGGACAUGAAGGCCCGGGCAGUGUUGUCUUUCUUCUUCAUUUUCACACUUUGUCUCAGUCGCCCUCAAGGAAUCCUAAAUCCAGCAAUUCCAGUCCAGACCAGGAUGUCAGACAUUUGCACUAUUCCAAGUGCCAUUGGUUCACCUGUUGCUUUUCUCAUCAUGGGGAUCAUCUUACUGUUCUCCACGGACACUCUUUUCUCCAAGCCAGUGUGGACUUUGGCGUUCCUUCAAGUUCCAACUAGAUGCUGGGCCAAGGCUAAUCUGCAGUCUUAAUUAUUACUUUGUAAAAGAUGCUGAUUCCUCGACUGUAACAGAGAACAGCAGAAGCUUCAAAAUCCACAAUAGCCUCAUUGCAUCUGUUUUCCCUCCUGAUCUUCACUGUAACCCAGAAUCUAGUUGGUUAUUUACAGUGUCUGUAGGUUUCCCAUAGCAGAGACACUGAGACAUUUGUGUCCACAACAAAGACUCCUGUCCAGCCUGGACUCUUGGCUUUAUUUUAGAAGGGCCUUUCCACUAUGGAAAAUGGGUGUUAUGUUUUGUUUUGAUUUACUUUGUUUGGUUGAAUUCUGCUGUCCCUCUGGAAAACAAAAAUAAUUUAAGUUUAAAACGUGAUACCCCAACUCCCCACCCACACCUUCUCUUUCUUAUGUUUUCUUCCAGUUUACAGAUUCUGUUUUUCACAGAACUGAGGCAAUGCACCACUUCCUGCUUUGUGUGUUGGGGACAGGGUUGUUGCUCUUUGUUCCUAGCUUUGGUGGCUUUGUUGAUUUGACCUUUCUGAUUUUAAGGAUAAACUUACCCUUGAAAUUGAGAAGACACAACAAGGUUCAUGAGAUUAAUACAGAGUUUGGGCUUCAUCCCAAGGUGCACCAUGUCCUGUGUAUUAAAGAUGAUGUGCGACAACAUGCAGGAAGCUGCUGGGUACACAGAUAAGCUUGAUAUCCUGAAAAGUUAUCCGUAAACCUUAUCAAAGCUUUUCAGAUGUCCUAUAUUUCCAGCCAACUGACUUCCAAAAACUGAUCAUGUGAGAGUAAUUAGACUCUCCAAGCCAUGUACAAGCACAGUCUUAGAAGCAUAAACUACUAUUUAUAUUUUCAGGCUAUAGCCAAUGAAUAACAGUAAUUGAUAUGUGUUAAAAAAAAAUCACAUGUGCUUUUAGCACAAAAAUUAUUAAGCAUCAUGAGUAACAGAAAGAUCCAAUCACUCCAAACUGACAAAAAGCUAGAAAGAAAUGAGACUUGAAACAGCUGCUUCUAGACUUCCAAAGGCUCACCCUUAUCCCCCACACCUACUGGCCCAGAACCUUCUCCAGGCUUAGUCUGUUUGGUGCUUCUUAAAGCUGCGGUGUCUUUGUGAAUUAUUUUAUUUCAACCAUCCGCAACUUAAAAAAAAAAAUUUCAAUUGCUUGUUAGGAAUUUUUACUAACAUAUAAAAAGAUGCCUUAAAAUGC